GGUAUAUUUUAGAACAUAUACAGUCCGAAGCUUCGUGAUCGUUGGUCGAGGAGAAAAGCAAAGUAUGGAGAGUCUCAUCAUGCUACGAUUAUCAAGCUUUUUUACGCUGCUGGUGGUUUUAUCGAUCGCUUCACCCCAUCAAGCUUACAGAAUAUUAGCUGUAUUCCCAUUCAACUCAGUUAGCCACUUUGCGAUGUCGGGUCGAAUCGCGGAAGAAUUGGCAUCGCAUGGUCACCAAGUUGACGUUAUCAGCCAUUACCCAUUGAAGGAGCCACGCCCGAACUAUAAUGAUGUUGUAAGUUUGGCUGGCACCAUGCCUUUCUUGAAGAAUAAUAUGACUUACAAAUUUGGCACUGAAGAGCUGGCUGAAGAUACUUUGAUUCACUCGAUAGCAACAAAGUUUGGUGGCGAUUUGUGCGACUUAAUGGAUCUUCCAAAAUUUAAACAACUUAUUAAAAAUCCUCCGCAAGAUCCUCCGUAUGAUGCUGUUAUCAUUGAGACAUUCGGGGCGGUUUGCUAUCUGGCCUUAGGACAACAUCUGAGGGUUCCCGUUGUGGCAGUUGUCACAAGCCCAAUAUGGCCGUGGGUGAAUGACAUGGUAGCAAAUCCGGAAGACCCAGCUUACAUCCCCCACGUUUUCUCAGGGCUCAGUGGCCAGUUGAACUUUUGGCAACGGCUUCAGAACACUCUGACCCUUUGGAAGGCAAAGCUGAGCUACACUCGUUAUACCGCUUAUCAAAACGACAAGAUCAAAAAACAUUUUGGUCCGCAAGCUCCGAGUCUCGAUGAGGUCCGGAGGGAUGUGUCCUUGGUUUUGGUCAAUUCGCAUUACAGUCUCAACGGAAUCAGGCCAUUCACUCCAGCCGUUGUCGAAGUCGGCGGAUUACACAUUAGAGAAAACGGAACGCCGUUGCAAAAGGACUUAAAAAAGUGGUUAGACGACAGCACGGACGGCUUUGUUCUUAUAACUUUCGGCUCUAUGCUCAAGCUGGAAACCUUUCCCAGGGAAAACUUGGUCGCCAUAUAUUCUUCGUUAGCGAAGCUUGCCCCGAUUCGGGUCGUAGUUAAGGUGGUAAACGCGACGGAAUUAGUACCAGGCUUACCGAGCAACGUUCUCACUCUUCCAUGGGUUUCUCAAAUGGCUGUUCUACAACACAAGAAUAUUCGAGCGUUCAUGACCCAUGGUGGCCUCAUGGGAACCAUGGAAGCCAUCUAUUGUGGGGUACCCAUGAUCGGGGUACCUAUGUUCGGCGAUCAACCUCAGAACAUCGAACUAUACGCCCAAAAAAAUAUGGCAGUGUCUGUGAGCCGGGAUGAGCUGACUGAAGAGAAUCUAGAUGCCGCUUUUAAUGCUGUGUUACACGAUCCAUCGUACAUGAAAGCAGCGAAGGAAAUGUCUGCCAAAUUUCGAGAUCGACCACUGAGUGCUGUUGACACAGCGAUGUUUUGGGUGGAAUAUAUAAUAAGGAAUGGAGGGGCGAGCCUCAGGUCACCUGCUAUGGACUUAAGUUGGUGGCAAAUCGCGUUGUUCGAUGUUUAUGGGGCUCUGCUGCUGGCCGCUGUUCUCGCGUUGUACUUGCUCAAAGUUAUUGUGAAGAAAGCAGAAAGAGUGGUUUUCGGAAGUGAUGCGGAAAUUAAGCUAAGGACCAAAAAGAAUGAAUAAUGAACGAAGUAUUUUAUCAGGGUAUUGGAAUUAUAUUUGACAAACGGUUCAUCGUUUAACCGAUUCACUUAUCUGUGCAAGCAAUCACGGUUCCUCGAAACUUUUCAAAAUCCGGACGAACUGAAUGCAUGAUCGCAUCAAG